AUGGAUUGGUUCUCAUGGCUAUCGAAAACUGGGCUCGAGCCUUCUCUUGUGUAUGAAUAUUGCCUUGCUUUUGCUCACAAUGAGCUCGAGGAAGAAGAUAUAGCUUACUUCAACCAUGAGUUUCUUCAAAGCAUGGGGAUAUCAAUAGCCAAACAUAGGCUUGAGAUCCUCAAGCUCGCAAGAAAGGAGAAAGGAGCGAGCCCACGUGCCGUGGCGAGGGUUCUUGUUGCAAUCAAGAGAACAAAGAGGUGUCUUGCUAAGUACAUGAGGACCUGGGUUCGCCGCGAGGAGUCAGCUCUUGUUCUUGUUCAAAGGCCUGAUUAUGGUGCCAGAUGGAGAGGAGCUAUGUUGAAGAGGAACAAGAAGUUGGUGAUGGCUAAACCAGGUAGGUUGUUGCUUACCAAUGAUAGUUUUUCAAGCGCUCCUAUGAUCUCUGCUGCCCCAACCCUUGAUAGUUUUUCGAGUCCUGUGAUUUAUGACCUCAACAAAGAGAAGUUAGAGGGUGAUGAUGAGGGGUAUUGGACAAGUGGUGUUGAAGAGAUCAGGUGGGAUACCAUGUUCCAGAAUUUGAAACCAACAUGA